AUGGGCGGGGCUGCGCGAGGUAAGAUGGCAGCGCCGUGGGGGCUGCGCUCUGUGGUCCGCUGUCACCGGGAGUCGAGCGGACUGCAGGGAUCGCAUCUCACUGUCUGAUCGGAGCGGGUCAGCGUGUCCCGGCGUCCGUCCGUUCGGGACCUGCACCGAUCUGCUCCUGCUUCUCCUGCAGGUUCUCCAUAACCUCCCCCCCCCGCCCCCGGACAUCGGCCAUGUGGGAGACACUGUCACUGUGUGCUCCCCUGCAGUGUCCGGACGGGCGGGUUCGGCGCUCAGACGGCUGCAGCCGCGUGUUCCGACACGCCGCUCCAUUGUGACCGUACCGCAUAGUGGCUCGUUCACUGACAGUGACACGAUCGCGAUGGCGACUCCACCCGCGAGCUCGGCUACGGCUGUGGGUUCGAGUCCCGGCGCCGCUCCGGACCCCCAGUGGGAAUACGACGGGAGCCCGUAUCACCUCCCGUUGUCCGGCAGAACCCUGGCAGAGAGAUACCGCCGGAUCUACACCGCAGCCUUGAGCGGAAAAGAGCAGGAGAUCCCUGCAGGGAGGGGAAGGAAAGCUUUCAGCAAGAGAAAGCUGAAAAGGCAGCAGAAGGUCAAACAAAAAGUCAAAACACGAGCGAAGGCAGACGUUGGGGACGGGGUCCUCGCCGUGCCACACCUCAAGCUUCACAGUAACCCGUCGGCCUUCAGCGUUUACUGCAGCGUUCGGCUCUGCGUGUUGGAAUGGGAGCAGCGGGCAGCCUCGCUGGCUCUGGACUCCAUGCACAGCGGCGAGUCGGACAGCGAGGACGAGGAGGAGGGCUGGGACCCCCCUGCCAAACUGCCCAAGAUCAUUGGGAUUGGGCUGCGUGGCGUGUUUGAACUCCUCAAAGAGACCCGUUUCUCGCACCCGUCAUUGUGUCUGCGUAGCCUGCACGCCCUUCUGGACAUUCUACAGGGGCAGCAACCUGAGGCCUUCCAGGCCGAGCCUCCCGAUGCACUGGAGUCUCUGUUCCACCUGCUGCUGGAGAUGACGGCACAGAGCACGGGUGCGAGUGACCCUGCCGGCCAGGCGCUGGUGGCGCUUUCCUGCUCAUGCCUCUUCAGCCUGGUGGUCUGCUGGGGGGACACAGGGAAGACCCUCAAGGCCGUAGCAGCCAUCCUCACCGGCAGCGGCCGCCACGCCUCUCAUAGUAUCCAGGUGCCGACCAUCCUGGGGGUGCUGCAGCGGAGCGUGCAAGCUGUUCUGGCCGGCAGGGUUCAGGUCCCGGACUGGUUCAGCAGCGGCGUCAAGCGGACAGCGCUGUUGAGCAAGUGGGUCGUCACGGGUGUGUCUGUGGAAGACGAUGAGCGCUGCCUCAUUCAGACGGACGGAUCCUUCCUCUAUCUGCUCUGCAAGGACGGCCUUUACAAAGUGGGCUCGGGAUACAGCGGCACCGUUCAGGGCCACGUGUACAAUGCCACAUCCCGCAUCAGGAACCGGGACGGGAAAACAUCCUGGCUGGGGUUCGCUCAGGGCAGCCUGUUCUAUAGAGAACUGAAGAGCCAAAGUGUGCCCGCCGUGAGGAUCAACCCAGAGACGCUGGAUGUGGAGGGAAAUGUCGUGUUGCCUGGUGCUCAAGAUGACAGUAUUUUAUUCACCGAUGGCAAAUGCAUCAAUCAAAUCGCAGCAUGCCGAGAUGAAGGUUUUGUGGUGCGGAUCUAUGGCUCGUGCUCAGACCUGACACCCCAGCAGGAGCUCCAGCUGAAGCUGGCCAGGAAGUGUCUCCACGCAUGUGGGAUAUCGCUUUUCGACCUGGAGAAGGACCUACACGUCAUCAGCACCGGGUUUGAGGAGGAGGCCACCUUAAUCGGAGCAGGCCGGGAGUUUGCCCUAAUGAGGACGGCGUCGGGAAAGGUGUACUACACAGGGAAGCAUCAAACACUGGGGAUCAAGCAGGGUGGCCCGCCGGCAGGAAAGUGGGCGGAGCUUCCUAUUCCCAAGUCGCCCAAGAUCGUGCAGUUCUCUGUGGGUCACGACGGAUCGCACGCCCUGCUGGUGGCCGAGGACGGCGGCAUCUUCUUUACGGGCUUGGCCAGCAAGGGCGAAGACGGGGAGUCAACAAAGAGCAGGAGGCAGGCAAAGCCAUACAAGCCCAAGAAGAUGGCCAAGUUGGAGUCGAAGACGGCCGUGCAGAGCGCCUGCAACAACGGCAGCAGCGGCGUGGUCACGGGGGAUGGAGAGCUCUACGUGUUCGGGAAAGACGCCGUUUACUGCGACGGAAACUGCCAGGUUACAGACCUGAAGGGUCAGUUUGUGACACAGGUAGCCAUGGGCAAGGCCCACACCUGUGUGCUGACCAAGAGUGGGGAGGUGUGGACAUUUGGGGUGAACAACAAGGGCCAGUGCGGGAGAGAUACAGGGGGGCUCACCCAGUCUGGGAAAGCCCAGGCCGUGGACAGUGUGGGCACUGCCAUGGAGCAGGACUUGGAGGAGGAGCUGCAGGAGCUGGAGGAGCAGGAGGGGAAGCCCCUCAUGUGCCCACUGGGGGCACACGCAUGGAGGCUGGAGCAGUGCAUGGUGUGCACCGUGUGUGGGGACUGCACAGGGUACGGGGCCGGCUGCGUGAGCAGCGGCCGACCAGGCAGGGUCCCUGGAGGGAUCUGUGGCUGUGGUUCGGGGGAGUCCGGCUGCGCAGCCUGUGGCUGCUGCAAGGCAUGUGCGCAGGAGCUGAACGGCCAAGAUGCUCAACAGCGUGGAAACUCGGUGAAGGAGAUAGUUCCCCUGGACCUGCUCCUGGGCGUGAACAUCGAAGACCACAUCCAGGUCCGGCAGCAGGGGAAGAGGCAGCAGGGAAACCGGCGGCAGCGGCUGGAAGAGGUUCGAGGUACAACCUGAGGGGAGGGGUCUACGAGGAAGGAUGGGCCUGCAUUUUGGCAGGGGUGUGAGGGGAUCAGCGCUCUGAAGCCUUGGAAUCUCACAAACCUCUGUGAUGGCAUUCUUCAUUCCUUUGUAGACGGCAACAGCGACCGAAGCGACAGAGAUUCCGGCAAGAUCACCACCUACCCUCCCGGCGCUGUGCACUUCAGCUGUGAGCUGCGCGCCGUCCAGGUCAGCUGUGGCUCCCACCACUCAGUGGUGCUGUUGGAGAACGGCAGUGUCUUCACCUUUGGCUACGGGCAGCAUGGUCAGCUGGGCCACGGAGACAUUGGCUCCAGGGGGUCUCCUACUUUGGUGCAGGCCUUACCGGGAUGCAGCAUUCAGGUGACGGCCGGGAGCAACCACACGGUCGUGCUCCUGAUGGAUGGCCAGGUCUGCACCUUCGGGAGCUUCUCGAAAGGACAGCUUGGCAGGCCCAUUUUAGACGUACCCUAUUGGAAUGCCAAGCCCUCCCUUAUGCCCAAUAUCGGUGCCAAGUGCGGGCGCAAAGCCACUUGGGUCGGGGCCAGCGGGGACCAGACCUUCCUCAGGAUCGACGAGGCCCUGAUCAACUCCCACAUCCUUGCCACCUCUGAAAUUUUCGCCAACAAGCACAUCAUCGGACUGGUACCCACAGCGGCCUCUGAGCCCCCACCCUUUAAAUGCCUGCUCAUCAGCAAGAUGGACGGCAGCUGUAGGACCUUCGGGGACUCGAAGCAGGAGGACCUGCAGGGGUUCGGGAUUUGCCUCGAUCCGGAGUAUAAUGUCAUCUGGAGGUUCUUGCCGGCAUCCAGGGAGGUCUGCUGCUACCAUGCUGUGAUGGCAGAGAUGAGGGCCCCUCCAGCCUUGAGCUUCCGGAUGCACUGUAGCAUCCUGAGCCCAGAACUGGCUCUACCCUCUGGCUCCCACGCCAUCUCCACGUGUUCCCAUGGUGCCCUGCACAUCCUGGGGUGUCUAGACACGCUGGCUGCUACGCAGGAGCUGAAGGCGGGCAUCAGCCGCCCCGAGGAGGAGACGCAGGCCUUGGUGAAGGUCUACUCCAAAGAAGACUACAGCAUGGUCAACCGCUUUGAGAGUCACGGGGGCGGUUGGGGUUACUCUGCCCAUUCUGUGGAGGCCAUCCGCUUCUGUGCCGACGCCGACAUCCUGCUGGGGGGGCUCGGCCUGUUCGGGGGUCGGGGGGAGUACACGGCCAAAAUCAAGCUGUUCGAAUUGGGCCCAGAUGGGGGCGACCAUGAGGCGGACGGGGACCUGCUGGCGGAAACGGAUGUUCUGGCCUACGACUGCGCUGCCAGGGAGAAGUAUGCGAUGAUGUUCGAGGAGCCGGUGCCUCUGCAGCCAGGCUGGUGGUACGUGGCGUGGGCUCGGGUCUCUGGUCCGAGCAGCGACUGCGGCUCCCACGGCCAGUCCACCAUCGCCACGGAUGACGGGGUAAUCUUUCAAUUUAAGAGCUCCAAAAAGUCCAACAAUGGCACGGAUGUAAACGCCGGUCAGAUUCCGCAGCUGCUCUACAGGCUACCGACCGAGGAUGGCGACGCGGCGAAAGGACAACAGCCACCCGGCGAGCCCGUCCGCUUCCCGAGGCCCUCCUUCGCGCGGGCCGUCUCAGCGGAGUGCUUCGAGUCGCUGCUAGGGGUGCUGCACUGGAGCUGGAACGCCUUGGUCCAGGGUGCCGAGGAACUGCGCAGCCUCAGGGGUUUCCAGCACAGGGCCGCUCUGCUGGACCUGGAGCGCUUGCACUGCGCCAGCGCCUGCUGUCUGCGGCUGCUGCGCAUCUACAUUUGUGACAUCUUCCCCGUCUCGGCCAGCACCAAGGUGGUUGUUGAGGAGUCCGGCAAGCUCGCGGAGUGUGUGGGUCAGACGCGCCGCUUGCUAAGGAAGAUCCUGUCGGAGGGAGUGGAGAGCCGGCUGACCCGACUGGACAAUGACCCUCAGGGUUCGCGGAGCCGCCCGCUGGCUCUGCUGGAGGCUAUACUGCAGGAGUGCCACUGCACCUUCACUGCCUGUUUCCAUGCUUUCUACCCCACACCGGCCCUGCAGUGGACUUGUCUCUGUGACCUGCUCACCUGUCUGGACCAGGACAUCCAGGAUGCCAGCUUUCGUACCUCCGGCACUCGGCUGCUGGCUGCUGUCAUGUCAGCGCUGUGUGACACAUCGGUGAAGCUCACCUCCAUCCUGCCCAUUGCCCGUGACAGUGAGGUGACGCCGCGCUCGCUGGACAAGCGGCUGGGGGCAGAGAAGGACUCCAUCCUCGCUCAGUGCUUUCCCCUGCUGGUGGCGCACAUGGAGAAGCUCAGCCAUAGUGAGGAGAACCUGAUGGGUCUUUCGAGCUUCGGCGAAGUCCUUGAGAAGAUGCUGCUGAUUGUGGCGCUCCCAGUGAGGCGGAGCCUGAGGAAGGAGGCGGAGCUGUUCUCCCCGCACGUGGUGUCCAGCACCUGCAGUCUGCUGGCCAGGAUUGUGAGCGAGCUGACCGCCUCUGCAUUGAGCUCCGAGGGAGAUGCUCCGAGUUUGCUGCACUCGGUCAAAACCACCCCGAAUCGCUUCGCGAGGAGCAGCCAGGGUCGCAGCUGGAACACGGGCAACGGCUCCCCUGAUGCAAUCUGUUUCUCGGUGGACGGGCCAGGGGUGGUCCUGAUAGGCCUCCGAGCGUACGGUGGCGGGGGUGUCCAUGAGUAUGAGGUGGAGGUGCUCUCUGACGACGCCCAGGUGGAGCACCCUGGGGACGUUUCCCACUCGCAAAGGUGGAUGUCCCUGGAGAUGGCGAAGGGCACCUACAGCACGGACGACUCGCCCGGCGACAUUGCCGAGAUCCGCUUCGAGAAAGCCGUGGCUUUGAAGGAGAACGUCAAGUACGCCAUUCGCCUACGAAACUACGGCAGCCACACGGCCAGCGGGGACGGGGGGGUGAACGCGGUGCGGUGCGCCGAUGGGGUCACCUUCACCUUCAGCACCUGCAGCCUCAGCAGCAAUGGGACCAACCAGAGUCGUGGGCAGAUCCCUCAGCUGCUCUAUUACAGGGCUGGGUCUGACAGGGACCUGCAGUCCCAGCAGUUGAGCAAGGUCACCGAGGAGGACAACAACUGCCGCCGGGCCCUGUCUGUGGUCAGCGCCGUGGUCCGGGCCUCCAAAGACCUUCUGCACAGGGCAUUGGCUGUGGAUGGUGACGACAUCCCAGAGCUGCUCAGUUCAUCCAGCCUCUUCUCCAUGCUGCUCCCCCACUUACUGGCCUACAUUGGCCCUGUGGCGGCAUCUGCACCCAAGGUUGCUGUGGAAGUCUUUGGUUUGGUCCAGGAGCUCCUUCCCACCAUCUCAGCCCUAAACCAGAAAUACAUGCCACCUGCCUUCAACCCCAACCAGUCAACGGACAGCACCAUGGGCGUCCCAGCAGAACAGGGACUGUCCACUGGCACCACAUCCAGCCACUAUGCUGUCGUGGAAAGCGAGCAUCCCUACAAGCCAUCUGCAGUCACCCACUACAAGGUGACGUUCUCAAAUGCUGUGCGCUGGAUGACGUUGGAGUUUGACCCGCAGUGUGGCACUGCCCAGCCUGAGGAUGUUCUGCACCUGCUCAUCCCCAGUCGGUCAUUGGUCAUCUCCGGUUUGGGGCCUCGUCCUUCAGGCUUCGAAGCCGUUAACGCCUGGACCGAGCUGCGUAAAUUCUCUGGGUCGAGCAGCUGGCCCAGCGGUGUGUUGGUGUUUCCAGGCAACGAGGCGCUUUUCUCCCUGGAGACGACCUCAGAUUAUAUCAAGGAUGAAAAUUCUUGCUUUUUUGGGUUCAAGUGCAUCGUCGUGGGCUAUGAAUUCAGCCCAGGACCAGACGAGGGUGUCGUCCACCUCGAGAAGGAGCUGGCCUACCUGGGCAGUGUGUGUGCUGCUGCCCUCAUGAAGAAGGACCUGGCCCUGCCCACAGGAAAUGAGUUGGAAGAAGACCUUGAGAUUCUUGAAGAGGCAUCUCUCCAGGUAUGCAAGGCCCAUGCUGGGCUCCUGGGUAAAGGGCUGUCCCUCUCCCACUCUCCCUCCAUCCUGGAGGCCUUGGAUGGAAACCUUCCACUGCAGCUGCAGAGCAAUGAGCUCUCCUUCCUGGAGGACUUCAUCAGCUGUGUCCCCAACUCCAGCGGGGGUCGGCUGGCCAGAUGGCUGCAGCCAGACUCUUAUGCAGACCCCGAGAAGACCUCACUCAUCCUGAACAAGGAUGAUAUCUGCUGUGGUUGGCCCACCACCGUGGAGGUGAAGACCAAGGACCAGUAUGGAGAUGUGGUGCAUGUACCCAACAUGAAGGUAGAAGUGAAGGCGGUGCCUCUCUCAAGGAUGAAGUCUGUUCAGGAGGAUUGUGGGAGGACACUGACAGCCUCACCCUUCUCUGUCUCUAAUUUCACCUUUGGGGGUCUGCCUACACCCAAACUGGAGGCAAACUAUGAACCUGUGAUCAUCAAGGAGGCUCGCUAUGUCUCCAUCACCAUGAUGAAGGCCUAUGAAAACUAUUCCUUUGAGGAGCUCCGAUUUGCAUCCCCAACACCAAAGAGGCCAAGCGAGAGCAUGCUGAUCCGGGCCAACGUUGACGGCACCUACAUCGCCAACUGGACCCCUGGCACCGUGGGCCUCUACGCAAUCCGCAUUGCCAUCGACUGCAUUGAAAUCGACACAGGCCUUCAGGUAGAGGUGAAGGAACCCCCUAAAGGUUCAGGUGUGCUGAGCAUGCGGUCAGUCAAAUCGAAGGCGGAGCCUCAGCUGAGCAAGGUGUGCAGUUUUGUAUCCAAGGACAGUGCAGGUCUGCGUGUGCGCAGUCACCCCUCCCUGCAGAGCGAGCAGAUAGGAGUAGUGCACGUCCACGGUACAAUCGAGUUCACCGAUGAGAUCCACAACGAUGAUGGUGUGUGGCUCAGGCUGAGUGAAGAGACCCUGAAGAUGUACGUACCCAACGUGAGUGGCUGCACUGAAGCUUGGUGCCUCUCUUAUAACCAACGCCUCGGCAGGAGUCUUCUGGUCUUGGAUGAUAUUGCCAGUGCAGAAAGGAUCCAGGUGCAGGUGGAUAACAGUAAUUUGAUGAAGUUCUGCAAGAAGGACGAUGGGGAAGCCUGGUCUUUUGCCCAGAAAGGGAACCAGCAUCAGUGGCAUGAAGGAGGUGACAGUGGAACAUCUUCAGCAGCUCGUGUCAUGUCCGUUACUGGCAACCACCGCCUUGUGAACCAGUCAGCAAAAAUGGAGGCUUGCGGUAGCUGGAUGUAUGAUCAAGACAAGACUAAGAGCAACGAGAACAUGAUGGCCAGAGAAGCAGUGAUCUUAAAGUCCGAAACAGCCAAGCUGAGGUCUGAUUCCCCAAGCCGCUCCCACUCUCCUAAUCACAACACCUUCCAGGCCUUCAAAAUGGAUGGCCGAACAUCAGACCUGAAAGAGGAGUCGCCAACUCCUGGUUUCUGGUCUUCCUCACCCAACCAUAAGGGUUUCUCUGGCAAGUCUAGCCUGACCAGUGCAAGUUUCCCGUGCUACUCCUCCCCUAAUGACAAAAAUUUUCUCCAGGAUCUCAGUCCAUCUUCAAAGGUCUGCCUUGACCCACUCCGUGAAAGCUCAAAGUCCAACUUGUACAACCUGGAUCCUAAGACACUGCAGAAGAAGAAGGUCUCUCCAACAGAUCCCUUGCGAGGACAGUCCAGCUCACUCAAGCUAAAAAUCCUGUCCAAAGAUUGCAAAGAGGGAAAAAACUCAGAAAAUCAUGUGCCUUCAUCCCACAUGGUGCAAGAAAACCUUCACAGCAAGGUGGUUGAAGUCUGCACCUCAAAUUCCUUGUUGAGUAACAAUCAAGGGACUAUUGAUGAGAACACUAAGGUACUUGGUACUGAACAAGGCUUCUCUAAAGCGCACUUUAGCACUGGAAAGGCUCCAGCCAAGCAGGACCUGGAAACACGCACUUCACCGAAAGUCAAUCGCAAAACCUCCAGGCACAUCAAGCCCAAAAAUGACAAGUCAGGUACACUUUUCAAAGGGGACAAUACGCACUUACCAGAGCCUGCAAAGCAAGCGAUGUCACCAUCUGUUGCAGAGUGUGCUCGGGCUGUAUUUGCUGCCUUCCUCUGGCAUGAGGGAAUUGUCCAUGAUGCCAUGGCUUGCUCAUCCUACCUGAAAUUCUAUCCAGAACUGACUAAGAAGCACAGUCCCACCCAUAGCUCCCUCAGCAGCCAGCAGGCCACAGACAAAAAGGAGGGCAAGGCAAAGAACCGGCAUUCCCUUGAGAUCUCCUCGUCUCUCAACAUGUUCAACAUCUUGCCCCACGGACCCAAUAUCUCCAAGAUGGGUAGCUUAAACAAGAACAAAGUACUCUCCAUGCUGAAGGAGCUGCCCUUGCCAGAGAAAUGCGAGGAUGGUAAGAUGGAAUCUGCAGCCAAUGAGGUGACUGGCAAUUCUACAGUGAGGGGUAAUUCCAUUUUGCCGCUAACGCUGCAGUACCUGGUGGCCUUCUGGGAGGACAUUUCCAUGGCCGCCAUCAAGGCGGCCACACAGAACAUGAUCUUCCCCAGCCCUGGAUCCAGUGUUAUCCUCAAGAAGAAGGAGAAUGAAAAGGAUGACAGGAUGGCCAAGAAGGAAAAGAUGAAAAAGGAGAGGGCGGAGCUGCGGCCCAGGGGGAACCUUAUCGGGGAGAUGGCCCAGCAAGCUGUGGGUGGCCCUGAGAAGGACACCAUCUGUGAGCUGUGUGGAGAAUCCCAUCCAUAUCCAGUCACCUACCAUAUGAGACAGGCCCAUGCUGGUUGUGGGCGCUAUGCUGGAGGUCAGGGCUACAACAGCAUCGGGCACUUCUGUGGCGGCUGGGCGGGUAACUGUGGUGACGGAGGGAUUGGCGGAAGCACCUGGUACCUGAUCUGUGACCAAUGCAGAGAGAAAUAUCUGAAGGAGAAGCAGACUGCUGCCAGGGAGAAGGUGAAACAGUCUAAGAAGAAACCCCUGGCGGUGAAGCCCCCACGGGCACUACCCACCAUGGAGGCACACCAAGUGAUCCGGGCCAAUGCUUUGUUCCUGCUCUCGCUAAACAGUGCUGCGAAAUGGAACUGUCCAUACCCCCACCCCGAGCGGCCCCUCCAUGCCCAGCUGGCCGGUCUUAGGGAGGACAUGGCUGAGGAACGGACUGGAAAGAUAGGUUGCCUCUACCUGCAGGUGUUGGCACGGCAGCACAUGGAGACCAAUGGAGCAUACCAGGAUGAUGGCCUGUUCCCAGAUGAUACGCGAUACCUGCGGUCCGUGCCGGUCCCAUUGUCAAACCUCUCUGUCACCCCUGAUGCCUGCCCUGUGUUCGAUGAGCCGGAGAGCAACACAAAGUCCACGCUGCCCAGCCCCAGGAUAGACACUGACACCACCAAGCGGACCGGGUUCCACAGAUCCUACUCGGUGGUUGCAUCAGAGUAUGAGAAGCAGCACUCGGCCUCGCCAGCCGACUUUAAAGUCCUGCCCAGGCGCAGGGUCCACAGUGGAGAUGCAGAUGUGGGUUCCUCGCUGCUCCGCCACCCCUCCCCUGAACUAUCCCGCCUCAUCUCCACGCGUGGCUCCAUGAGCGAGGGCGGGUGCAGCUUCCAGUGGCCUGUGCUCGCCUUUGUCAUCCAACACCAUGACCUGGAGGGGCUGGAGGUAGCCAUGAAGCACGCGCUGCGCAAGUCUGCCUGCCGGGUGUUUGCCAUGGAGGCUUUUAACUGGCUCUUGUGCAAUGUGAUCCAAAUGACCUCACUACAUGACGUCAUGUGGCACUUUGUGGCGUCCCUGACGCCCUUGCCUUGUGAGCCAGAGGAGGACGAGGAAGAGGAUAUGCAGGCUGCCAGGGAGAAAGCUGAACAGGAGCGGGAUCUCGGAGUGUGUGUUCAUCCGCUCUCUGACAUCGCAGUCGCCGGGGAGGCUGCCCAGCCCCUACUUCAUACCUUCCACCGCCUACUUCAAACCAUCUCGGACCUCAUGAUGUUCCUGCCCAGUGGCAGCUCCUUACAGCAAAUGGCUCUGAGGUGCUGGAGUCUGAAGUUCAAGCAGUCGGACCAUCAGUUCCUUCACCAGAGCAAUGUCUUCCAUCACAUUAACAACAUACUGUCCAAGUCGGACGAUGGGGACAGCGAGGAGAGCUUCAGCAUCAGCAUGCAGUCCACCUAUGAAGUCACCAAUCAGGAACUGUGUAUGGUCACCAGCCUGAAGGAUCUGACCAGCGUGGUAGACAUCAAGACCUCUAGCCGGCCGGCCAUGAUCGGCAGCCUGAUUGACGGCUCCACCGAGACUUUCUGGGAAUCCGGGGAUGAGGACAAGAACAAAAUUAAGAGCAUCUGCAUCAACUGCGUGAAGACCAUCAAUGCAUCCAUUGUGUCCAUCCAUGUGGACAACACCCGUGAUACUGGAAAUAAAGUCAUGUCUGUCACUUUCUUACGUGGGAGGACUGUGGACGAUCUGUGCAGAAUAAAACAGGUGGAUCUGGACUCGCGACACACAGGCUGGGUUACCGGUGAGCUGCCCGUUGGGGGCGCCCGCCUCGUCAGGAUCGAGCUCAAGGGUCCAGAGAACACGCUGCGGGUGCGUCAGAUCAGAGUUCUGGGCUGGAAGGAGGGCGAGAGCAUCAAGAUCCCCGGGCAGAUCUCAGCCAGCGUGGCCCAGCAGAGGAGCUGCGAGGUUGAGACCCUGCGUGUGUUCCGCCUUAUUACAUCACAGGUGUUUGGGAAGCUUAUCUCUGGUGAUGCAGAGCCCAACCUGGAACAAGGGGGGAAGAACCUGCUGUCGUCUCCAGAAGGAAUGGACAAAGUGCAAUCAGAUGCAGACUUGAAGGAGCACAUGGUGGGGAUCAUUUUCAGCAGGAGCAAGCUGACCAACCUGCAGAAACAGGUGUGCUCCCACAUCGUCCAGGCCAUCCGCACAGAGGCGGCACGUGUGCGCGAAGAGUGGGAGCAUGCCAUCUCCUGCAGGGAGAAUGCCAACUCUCAGCCCAGCGAGGAGGACACUUCAUCAGAUAUCUACUGCUUCGAGCUGCUUUCCAUGGUCCUGGCGCUGAGCGGGUCCAACGUGGGUCGCCGCUACCUGGCGCACCAGCCCACCCUGCUGCAGGACCUCUUCUCCUUGCUGCACACCGCCUCUCCCCGGGUGCAGAGACAGGUGACUGCCCUGCUCAGACGAGUGCUCCCCGAGGUGACACCUGCCCGCCUGGCUAACAUCAUCGGUGUGAAGGUCCUGCCGCCCGCUGACAUCAGUGACAUCAUCCACUCCAUGGAGAAGGGAGAUUGGACCAGGACAGGCAUUGCAGACCUGUUCUUGGGCUGCAUUGCUAAAGCACUCACUGUGCAGAUCAAGGCCAAGGGUGCUGGCAUUGUGGGCGCCGCUGGCACCUCUGCCGGGAAGGGGAUCACCACCGUCACCCUUCCCAUGGUCUUUGGUUCCAACUACACCCGGCAAGGGGAGAGCGACUGGUGGAUGAAGGGCUCCAUGCCCCCUCAGAUUGCAGAGAUCAUCAUCAAGCUGGUGAAAGACAUGGCUGCUGGUCACCUGUCAGACGGCUGGUCCCGUGUGACCAAGAACGCCAUCGCCGAGACCAUAAUUGCCCUCACCAAGGUGGAAGAAGAGCACCGCGCCCCAGCACAUUGCAUUGCCACAACCAGGCUGUGGCUGGCACUGGCAUCGCUGUGCGUACUGGACCAGGACCAUGUGGACCGCCUGUCCUCAGGCCACUGGAAUGGCAAGGACGGGCAGCAGAAACAGAUGCCCCUGUGCGAUAACCAUGAUGAUGGGGAGACCAGUGCCAUCAUUUUAUGCAGCGUGUGUGGGAACCUGUGUACAGACUGCGAUCGCUUCCUGCACCUGCACCGGCGCACCCGUUCACAUCAGAGACAGGUGUUCAAGGAGGAAGAGGAGGCCAUUAAGGUGGACCUUCAUGAAGGCUGUGGGAGAAUCAAGCUCUUCUGGCUGAUGGCUCUGGCUGACUCCAAAACCAUGAAGGUCAUGGUCGAGUUCCGGGAACACACAGGUAAGGUGGCGUCCAGCAGCUCAGAGGCCUGUCGAUUCUGCGGCACAAGGAGCAGUGUGGAGCUGUCAGCGGUGGGGAGCGUGUGCUCUGACGCUGACUGUCAGGAAUACGCCAAGCUGGCGUGCAGACGAACUCACCCGUGUGGCCACCCAUGCGGCGGAGUGAAGGACGAGUUGAGCUGCCUACCCUGUUUGCAUGGCUGUGACAAAAGCACCACCUGUCUGAAGCAGGACGCUGACGACAUGUGCAUGGUCUGCUUCACAGAGGCGCUAUCAGCCGCACCUGCCAUCCAGCUGGACUGCACUCACGUGUUCCACCUGCAGUGCACACGGCGGGUUCUGGAGAACCGCUGGCCGGGGCCCAGGAUAAGUUUCGGGUUCAUGUCCUGUCCCAUUUGCAAGAAUAAUAUGAACCAUUCUGUGAUACAAGAUCUGCUGGAGCCCAUAAAAGAGCUGUAUGAUGACGUGCAGAGAAAAGCUCUGAUGAGACUCGAAUACGAGGGUCUGCACAAAAGCGAGGCCAUCACAGCUCCGGGAACACGCUUCCACAACGACCCUGCCGGCUUCGCCAUGACCAGAUACGCUUACUACGUCUGCUACAAGUGCAAGAAGGCUUACUUUGGCGGCGAGGCUCGCUGUGAUGUUGAUGCAGGACACAAGGACAACUACGAUCCUCAGGAGCUGAUCUGUGGAGGAUGCUCGGACGUCUCGAGGGCGCAGAUGUGCACGAAACACGGCAUGGACUUCCUGGAGUACAAGUGCCGCUACUGCUGCUCCGUUGCUGUGUUCUUCUGCUUUGGGACAACACAUUUCUGCAACGCCUGCCACGAGGACUUCCAGAGGAUAACCAGCAUCCCCAAGGAGGAGCUGCCUCACUGCCCGGCAGGCCCCAAAGGAAAGCAACUGGAGGGGAACGAGUGCCCCCUGCACAUGGUGCACCCUGCCACUGGGGAGGAGUUUGCCCUGGGCUGUGGGGUGUGUCGGAAUACCCACACGUUCUGAACCCAGAGAGGUGAUUCAUCACUCCUGCAAACCACGGGAAGCAGGUGUUGGCACAGGUGAAGAACACCUGGGUUCUCUGCUCUCGAGAGAUGCUGAAAAACAGAGCUCAGUCUGUACGGGCAGGAUCCCGAAGAAAUGCCAAGGUGCCGUCACGGGAGAGAAGUGAAAACCUGCAAUGCGUCUACAACAUCCGCAAUGCGUUUGCAUGGAGAUGGUGUCCGUUGGACUUUCUCAGCACGCACUUCCUAAUCAGAGAACUACAACUCUGCCUUAAAAGAAACCUGUUCUCAGCAACUGUGGCUCAACAUGGGAGAAAAAUAUGAACAGGUUGUGCUGCAAAAAUAUAAAGACGCUGCUGAUUUGUAUGCAGGCUUGGUCAUCAGUUACAGCUCGGCUCUCGGCUACAUCACGUGUUAAAGAUUUGAUUCGGCGACUGAGACUAAGCAUAUUUGUGAGGCAUUUAAUGUAAUUUAUUCAUUAUUGUACUCAACAAUGGUGUGCUGAUAUAAGUGUAUAGCCCAGUUUCUUAUCUGCCCUUCAGUUUUGUUUGAAGUUAAACUGGAUGUACCUCCUAUGUUAUGGCUGUAUAUGACACUAAAGCCACUGUUAAAUUAUUGGCUAGUGAAAAAGUGCGCUCUACUAUAAUGUACACCAAGAAUGUAGAGGAGCCCAAACAUCUGCAUUGUGUGAAAGUUGUGUAUGACAGUGUUUUGUCAUCACAUUAUGUGGUACAAAUGGAUAUUGCUUAAAAAUAAAUAAGAAUGAAUUGUGAAAGCAGGGGUCAUUAUUGACACCUGAAAUUAAUCAUUUGAUUUUUAGGUAUGAUGUUUUGACAGCAAGUAUUAUUCAGAAUCAGUGUGAAAUUAAAUGAUUAUUGAGGCUUGGUGUAACACAUGGAACAGUAUUGUUGAAAGUAAAUGUACCGUAACAUUUUCCUCAAAUGGAGGUGAAUUAUAAUAAA